AUGCCUACUCCUCCUAGAGUCUUGAUGCCUACUCCUCCUAGAGUCUCUAUGCCUACUCCCUAUAGAGUCUUGAUGCCUACUCCUCCUAGAGUCUCUAUGCCUACUCCUCCUAGAGUCUUGAUGCCUACUCCUUCUGGAGUCUUGAUGCUUACUCCUCCUAGAGUCUUCAUGCCUACUCCUAGAGUCUUGAUACCUACUCCUCCUAUAGUCUUGAUGCCUACUCCUCCUAGAGUAUUGAUGCCUACUCCUAGAGUCUUGAUGCCUACUCCUCCCAGAGUCUUCAUGCCUACUCCUAGAGUCUUGAUGCCUACUCCUCCUAGAGUAUUGAUGCCUACUCCUAGAGUCUUGAUGCCUACUCCUCCCAGAGAAGCUUUACUCUGA